UCCUUAUGUUUUCUGACAUUUGCGAUGACUAUGAGGUCAUAUAUAUACAUCAAUUUAUUUGUGUUUGGUAUAUAUAAAAACCUCGAUUAUGGUUCAGUUUUCUGGUGACAGUGUUGUUGAAUAUUCUUCGUAAAUAUUUUUACGAUGUCACGCCUUUUGAUUGUAUUACUUCUCUCAUCUUGUAUUAUUUACGCGCAAUUGAACAACGUGGAGGGAAAAAAAGGUUUUGGUAAAGGAGAACAAGACUGGAGCUAUGAAGAAGUAAGACCAGGUGCUCACAUGUUCUGGUGGCUUUACUAUGCGAAUCCACCAAACAAAUCUGCGAAUUUCAAUGCCUUGUCAAAACCACUAGUAAUUUGGAUCCAUGGUGGACCUGGAAGUUCAGCUACCGGUUACGGAAACUUUGAAGAAAUCGGUCCAUAUGAUCUUUUCGGUCAAUACCGUAAUCUCACUUUGGUCAAUGAUUACAAUGUUCUGUUCAUCGACAACCCGGUUGGCUCUGGAUUCAGUUAUGUCGAUAACGAAUCUGCUUAUGCCCAAAAUAAUGCGCAAAUAGCGAGAGAUCUGUUGGAAUGUAUCAAGCGAUUUUUGCAGAAAAUUCCAGCAUUCAAAAAUAUCCCUACGUACAUUUUUGGAGAAUCGUAUGGUGCUAAAAUGGGCGCGGAACUGGCUACAGUUUGGUACAAGGCUCAAAAAUGUAGUGAUGUUCAAAGUAAACUAAAAGGAAUUCUUUUGGGUUCUCCUUGGAUUUCUCCAAUUGAUACUGUUUUAUCUUGGCCACAAUUUUUGUUAAAUACUGGUAUUGUUGACACCGCUGGUGCGAGAAGGAUAGAAUCAUCCGCCAGAAAAGCUGAUGAAGCUGUAAAAGCCGAAAAUUGGAAAGCAGCUACUGACGCUGAAGUUGAUACCUUGAAUACUAUUGGACAAGUCAGUGAAAAUAUUACACAAUUUAACAUUCUAAUUGAAAGAAGUAGCCAUGCAGGAGUACAAAAUUUUACAACCCGUUUCCCAAAACCGCCUAAACCAGCAGAGCAUUGGGCAGAGCUGGUUCGGUUUGUGAAUACUGACGUGAAAAGAGCUUUAGGACUAACUUCAAACUGGGUUAUGGAUUCAGAAAAAGUCGCUGAAGUCCUUUGGUCAGAUAUCUUCAAGCCUGGUGUCAAUUUCGUUGAGGAAUUGUUGAACGAAACGAAUUUGAAAGUUUAUAUCUACAACGGGCAGCUGGAUUUGAUUUGUGCCUUGCCAGGAACUCUCAAGUGGGUGGAAAAUUUAAAAUGGAAAUAUGAUGAUGCCUGGAAAAAUGCACCGAGAGUCCCAUUCUCUGUUGACGGCAUUCUCGAGGGAUACGUCAAGGCGUAUAAGAAAUUCAAGAUGUUCUGGGUCUUCCGAGCUGGACAUUUGACUACUACUGACAAUCCCUACGCUACGACUGCAAUUGUCCAAGAUCUCACGUCGGCUUGAUUACCAUAAAUUUUUUUUUCAUAUACUAAGUAAAAUGUUAUGUAUUUCUUAUUUUCAUGAAGUAUUUAAAUAAAUAAGCAUUAAUCGAUAAA